UGCUGCUCUGGGUGCUGCCGCUUGCCACACUGCUUCAGCCCUCUUCUGCUGUUACAACGCACUACUCAUCGUUACGGUGGAGAAUCGCCCCCACCAGUGUUGUGCCAGCCACCACAGGCACCUUCGCUCUCACUGUUGACACCCCAGACAG